AUGACAGAAGAUUCGUACCCGAAGACGCUGUACGUGGGCAGCCUCGACACCACGGUAACGGAGGAGCUGCUAUGCACACUUUUCAGUCAGAUGGGCACAGUUAAGAGUUGUAAAAUUAUACGCGAAGGAACGAUCGAUCCUUUCGCUUUCAUCGAGUACGAUAAUCAUCAGUCGGCCCAGACAGCAUUGGCUGCCAUGAACAAACGAAUGUUCCUGAAGAAGGAAAUACGGGUUAAUUGGGCAACGAGCGCCGGUAAUCAGCCGAAAACGGAUACGAGCCAACAUCAUCACAUUUUCGUGGGCGAUCUCAGCCCGGAAAUUGACACCGAAACGCUGCGCGAGGCAUUCGCGCCUUUUGGAGAAAUUUCGAAUUGCCGCAUUGUGCGGGACCCACAAACGCUCAAGUCGAGGGGGUACGCAUUCGUUUCGUUUGUGAAAAAAGCCGAGGCGGAAAACGCUAUCGCGAUGAUGAACGGCCAGUGGCUUGGAUCGCGCUCCAUCAGAACGAACUGGUCGACUCGGAAGCCACCGGCACCUAGAGAAAACUCUAAAGGAAUUAAAAGUGGAAAAACGCCAGGGUUUGAGGAAAUCUACAACAAUACCAGCCCAACCAAUACGACCGUCUAUUGCGGAGGGUUCCCGCAAAAUGCGAUCACGGACGAUCUGAUUCAUAAGCAUUUCAUCCAAUUUGGCCACAUUAACGACACUCGAGUGUUCAAAGACAAAGGUUUCGCGUUUAUUCGCUUUGCGAACAAAGAGUCAGCAGCGCGUGCCAUCGAAGGUACACACAACAGUGAGGUGCAGGGAUUUCCAGUCAAAUGUUACUGGGGUAAGGAGAAUGGUGGUGACGUGAAUAGCAACGGAAUGAAUGCGUCCGCGAUUGCGGCUGCGGCUGCUGCCUCCGGUAUGAUUGGAAUGAAUAUGAACGGCAUCGUCAGCCCAUUGCAGCCGAUGCAGUCUAAUGCUGCGGCCGCUGCGGCAGCUGCUGCCGCUGUUGCUCAGCAGCACAGUGCCAACCCGCAGCUCACUCAGGCCACGGCAGCGGCGGCUGCAGCAGGAGCCCAGUAUCCUUAUUCUGCGGCCGCAUACGGUCAAAUGGCAUACUGGUUCCCAGGAGGAUACCCACAAAUACAGACACAAUACAUGCAACAGGGGUAUUAUACGUACCCAACAGCAUACGCACCAGCAGCUCCCCAACAAACUGGAACUGCAGGUUAUCGUAUGAUGCAACCCAACAUGGCAGCAUCAUGGGGCAUGCAAGCAGUCCCAACGGUAGCAACGAACGGUGCAGCAGCAGCUGCUGCUGCCGCGGCUGCAGCAUCAUCACAGCAGCCCGUGAUGUAUGCAACGAUGCCACAGUUCCAAACGCAAUGA